AUGGUUUCGUUUUUGCGAACGUUUCUGCUCUUGAAAAAGAGCUAUAAGUCAGAGCCAGCACUAGAUGCUAAAUGCGACAACCUUGCGCAACCAAUAGACCUCACUUGGAUCUUUGGCUUGCCUUCCGAAAUCGUUUGUCUUAUUUUGAAAGAGCUUCCUCUCGCUGAUCUUGUAACGCUCUCUAGGUUCAACUUACCUAUUCAAGACGCUAUACUCCAAGAAUUGGCAAGGGGGCCAUUGUACAUCGACAACUUGCGAUCUCUGCAUUUGGCCAGGGUAGGAAGAUUACGUUUGAAACAGAGUCAAUUCGUCGAAUUGGCAAAUAAGCAUCCUUAUCUAAAAUUCGGCAAGAUCGUGACUACAACACGUAUCUGUAUUAAUCUCUAUACAGAAUGUAAGAAAGCAAUAGAAACAGCAGAAGAAAUCGAACUCGUUGAAUAUGAUUGCACUCCAUUCUUUAAUGUAGAUUUGCAAACAAUGCUGUGCAACCUAACCUUGGUUUGCGAAACCUUUCAAUCAAUUGACCUGGAAUUUCUUCCUAAAACCUCUUUGAAACUCAUUCAAAGGUUGCCAGCGCCAUUCAACUUUCAAGCCUUGUUCUCAGAAGAGGUUGUAAGCGCUCCAAUUCUCCCCGAACACUUGAAACUGCUUGAAGUACCAAAACUAACCAUUGACGCUAGUGACAUUAGCAUUUUGCCUCAGACUCUCGAAACAUUGCAAAUAUGUAUAAAUUGCGAGGAAGAUUUGGUUGAUAUUUCUCAUUUGAAAGUUAUUUCACAUUUAAGCAUAACUGUCAACAAUUUGGAGUCUCUUAAAGAAUUAAUUCUACCAUCUCAAACCAAGGAGCUACAGCUUGAUUGUCCAACUAUCAAAGAUUUUGAUUCCUUGGAUCUGUACGAGCACCUAAGAAAGCUUACUAUAUACUCCCCAAAGGAUAUCAGCUCGAAAUUGUUCACGGAGACUUCAUUUCCUCGCAAUCUAAAGGUGCUUAUCCUCAAGAAAUCAGUAGUUUCGCUUUCCGAAAACGAAGAAGAAAGUAACGAGCAGAUUAGUGGCAGGGAGUUUGCUGUACCACCAAAAUUGAGAGAAUUGAGAGUUGAAGUAGAUGGCAAUAUAGGAUUCUUGAACUUACCGCCUUCAACUCGAACUCUCGAUUUGAAAGGAAUGCGAGUUGAUAAGUGCAACUUAAGUCAGAUCCACAAUCUUGCAUUACGAGAGCAAAGCAGAAGUCAAUUGUGUGCUCUUCAAGAAAGCGACACCUUGGAGAGUUUGUCCUUAUACCUGAGUGAUCUAAACUUUGCUGAGCCAAUACUACUAAAUUCCAAUCUAAAAGAGUUUUGUUUACAUUUCUGUGAAAUGAGUUAUACAAGGCGGCAACUUGAUGCGAUGUUUUCGCAGGUGGCUAACUUGGAAGUGUUUAAACUUACAAGCAAUUCUAGAGAGAAAUCGUUAUUUUACCCACUUUUUAACUAUCGUUGGCCCCGGAAAUUGAAAGUGUUGGCAUUGGAGAUUAAUCCUCCAACAUAUUCUUCCUGGGUAGAAUUAAAAUUCUGCACUCUUGGAAAACAAUUUCAUUUGCCUCCUAGCUUGCAAGAACUACAAAUAAUUUGUCCACUUGUACGGCUUUCAAAGGAAUUUCAAUUGCCAGCAUCUGUAAGAUGUUUGACUCUCGAGGGUAUUCCAGACACUUUCAAAUUUAGAAAUCUUCAACUACCUCCAAAGUUGGAAUACUUGAGUUUAAUGAGAAGUUGGUUCAACAUUACUGAUACUAUCUUCCCAUCGACAUUAGUCGAGUUCUAUCCUCCAAGUUUGGGAGGGGAUAUUGGCGAGAAGCGACUACAUUCUACCAAUUUGGAGUCACUUGACUGGAUCAACCAAGUGAAUAUUCCAUUUAUACUGUAA